AUAGUUCCAACAAAGACUUGUCGAAGAAGCAACACCAAAGAAACUUGGAAACUGUGAAAGAAGACUUCAAAAAUGAAUCACCAAAUUGCUCGUAAUGUCCUUUUCGUUCUUAUGAUAGCUGCUCUGUUCAAGAACGUGGUAUCGUAUCAUCAUUUUGGGGGCCUGGAUAGGAAUGUGAAACAAUGUAUCUUUAAACAUCUCAACGAUGGUCGGGAUCAUGGCCAGAUUGCGUCUUGUGAUUUUGUGAAGCAUGAAUCUGGAUCAGGUUUACGUGUGACCUAUCAAGGUGAUCUCCGAGUGGUGACCUGUCCUGGUGGCCAAUGCUGUCGUCGUUGGCAUAUAACAAUAAAUGGUAGAGAAUGCUCGCACCCAGCUCCCAUUGAUGUUGCCAUUUAUGCAUCAAAACAUGGACAUGCUCUCAAUCUUCAUCGCCCCGGUACACUGGACGGCAUUUGCGACAAAGUUCCGAAAGGAACGGUCAAAGUUGGUCUUUCUGUUGGGAAAUGCAAGCACUCAAUUCACGGUAACGCAUUCACAUGUUGGGGAUCGGUUUGUCGUUUUAUUAUUGAGGAAAUUCCAGAACAAUUCUAGGUUGGAAAUCUUUGCUGUGACUUAUGAAUAUUUCUAAUAUUCUUCUGUC